ACGAGCGGCCUAGCGGCUGCAAGCACGGCGAUGCCGGUGCAGGCCCUAAUUUUUCGGCAUGCGGGUGCCUGGCUGAUGGUUCAGGCUAACCAGGGCCGAGUCACGGAAAUUGACUCGCUGGACUCAUGAUCUGUGGUCGGAAAAGGCGCGGUAGCGGCCCAGUUUUUCCUUCCAUUAUUCCUUGGUAAAAAAUAUCGGGGUUUUGUCUGCGCCUCCAAACCCUCCUGUGUUCUUGCUUCAAAAGCUAGGGUUUCUUUUUUGGCGGCUUCGGACACUGAGGAAUCCAGCAAGCCUCCUCCGUCUCCGGCCACCCUACGUUCCCAACGUCGGUGUGCGAUUCCAGCACUUAGGCAUUUGGGCAGGUGGGUCUUUGCUUGGAUCAAAGAUGGGCGACGGUCCAGCUCCAUUCUCUGAUAUUGGGAAGAGGGCAAGAGAGAAGGCUAUUCUCAAGGCAGUAGAUACAUGAGAUUUGAGUUUUAUGGUGAAAGAUCUUUUGACAAAAGAUUACAACUUUGAUCAGAAGAUCACUUUGACAACAUUAAGUGAUAAUGGAUUGGGGCUUGCAGCUACAGGCGUGAAUAUAGGUCAGCUAUUUAUUGGCGAUAUAAGCACACAAUAUAAAAGUGGGAAAGCAACUGUUGAUGUUAAAGUUGAUACCAAUUCCAAUGUCUCAAGUACAGUUACAGUUAAUGAAUUAGUUGCUGGUGUGAAGACUUCAUUCAGCUUCAAGAUACCUGAUCAAAAGUCCGGCAAGCUUGAUGUACAGUACCUUCAUGGCCAUGCAGCAAUUAAUUCUGGCAUUGGUUUAACACCCACACCUGUGCUGGAGCUGGCAGCUGCAGUUGGCAGCAAAGAACUUGCUCUAGGUGCAGAGGUUGGGUUUGAUAGUGCUUCUGCAUCUUUCACCAAAUACAAUGCUGGGAUUGGCUUUAACAAGCAUGAUUUCUCUGCUGCGCUGAUAUUGGCCGACAAAGGAGAGACCUUAAAAGCUUCUUAUGUUCAUGUGGUGAAUCCGAUCACUGGAACUGCAGUGGCUGCUGAAAUAAUCCACAGGUUCAACAAAUACGAGAAUAGUUUCACUAUUGGAGGCUGUCAUUCUCUUAAUCCCCUAACGACGGUGAAGACACGGUUUAACAACAGCGGCAAGGCUUCUAUCCUCUGUCAGCAUGAAUGGAGGCCAAAAUCAUUCAUUACUCUUUCGGCUGAGUAUGAUCCCAAGAAUAUAAGUGCACCAUCAAGGGUGGGUCUUGCACUUGCGCUCAAACCUCGACUUAAUGAGCUCUCCUGACCUGGACGAGCUUGUUUCAUGUUUUAAUAUCAUUAUGAUUUUUUUUAAAACCAAAGCUUGCUUCUGGGUCAUAUCUAAAGAAAUGGAUAGAUAUAUUUCUCAAAUGUGUUUCGAAACAAGUGGCUGUGUCCAUACUCAAUUUUGAUGGAAAUUCAUCAUAAUGAUGCAAGUUCCUAUAACAUUAUUUUUUAAUUCUCUCUUU